GUCGCACAUACACCGGAGUAUUUUCUGAACUCUUUUGGGUCCUGUUUAGCUAUAAAUGGGGAAAGCACUCUUUCCUUUCUUGAACACAAACUGGUCUCUUUCUCUCUCUCAAAAUUAUUUUUCCUCUUCUUGACUUGUAAGUGGUGGCAUUUGGUCUAGAGCUCUCGGACCUAACGCGGGUCCUGACCAGUAUCCGGCAAGGUAAAGAACAAAAAUCCCAUCAAUUCCAGUUCUCUCCUCUUCUGCAGGUCUGCAUGUCCAUGAGCUAAGGCUGUUGGGCUUUUAAGGGUUUUUUUCCUCACCUUAACCUAGAUCUGUGACAGGAUGGCGAGGGAGAAGAUCAAGAUCAAGAAGAUUGACAACGUGACGGCGAGGCAGGUUACCUUUUCCAAGAGAAGACGAGGGCUUUUAAAGAAAGCGGAAGAGCUUUCUGUUCUGUGCGAUGCUGAGGUUGCGCUCAUCAUCUUCUCAGCCACCGGAAAACUCUUCGAGUUUAGCAGCUCAAGUAUGAAGGAUAUACUCGAAAGGUAUAAUUUGCAAUCUAAUGGCAUUAAACAAAUGGAUCAGCCAUCCCUUGAACUGCAGCUAGAGAAUAAUAAUCACAUCAGAUUGAGUAAGGAAGUGGCAGAGAAGACCCACCAACUAAGGCAGACAAGAGGAGAGGAUCUUGAAGGGUUAAAUUUAGAGGAAUUGCAGCAACUGGAGAAAAUGCUUGAAGCUGGACUUAGCCGUGUGCUUGAGACUAAGGAAGAACGGUUGCUGACUGAGAUUACUACACUUGAAAGAAAGGGAGCUCAGUUGUUAGAGGAGAACAGGCAAUUGAAGCAGAAGAUGGUGAUGUCUUCCAAGGGAAAAAGACCUUUUCUUGUGGAGUCGGACGUCCUGGUCCAGGAAGAAGGCAUGUCGUCGGAAUCUGUCACCAAUGUCUGCAGCAGCAGUGGUGGCCCCCCUUCUCUAGAAGACGACAGUUCUGAUACAUCUCUCAAAUUAGGGCUCUCUCUUCUCUAGUUGAAACUGAAGGAAGAUGGAGCAGGCUCAUGCAAGCCUGGAGUCUGGUCAUUUCAAGAUGUCACCGAGUUUAAUUAAAUUGUACAAGGAACUAGUACAGAACUUGUUCCGGUCCCUUCAGUAUGUCAUGUUAUUUCUCAUUUGUACGUAAUUGUUCGUGUCUGCUCCUUAAUUAUUCGUGCCUGUAUGCAUGGGAAUUCUAUCUCUAAAAACUUUUUAGCUAUUUGAGA